AUGUCCCGCAACAACAGAGGCCCACGCUCAGGUCAGAUGAAGGACGACGCAGACGAAGAGCGCAACAUCUGGAAUCAAAUUAUCGGUGACGGGAGGAAGAUUGAUGCUCUCAUUGCGAAAUCGAACGAGCUUUGCAAGCGCAUGGUCGAGCUGAAAGAUGAGCUUGAUGCUGCCAUAGGUAGGCGGCACAAUAUCUUCGUUAUCGGGCCCGGUCUUUAA